GCGCUGCCGGCCGCUGAGCGGGCGUGAGGCGGCCCUGCGGCGGCCCUGCAGUGCCCGGGAUCGUCGGCGUGGACAGCGCGCGGGGCCGGUGCCUCCUGGGGAACCCCGCGGCCCCGCCGAUCCCCCCAGGCAAUUCUUCUUCGACGGGGCCCUCGGUGGGGGUCACAGCACCGAGCACAUCUACAAGGACAUCGCUUUCCCGUUCGUGGAGGGUGUCAUGGAAGGCUACAAUGGCACCAUCUUUGCCUACGGCCAGACUGACAGUGAGAAGUCAUUUACAAUGCAGGGAGUUGCAGAUCCCUCCUCGCAGAAAGGGAUCAUUCCCAGGGCAUUUGAACACAUCUUUGGGAGUGUACAGUGUGCUAAAAAUGCCAAAUUCCUGCUGAGAGCCUCCUACCCGGAGAUCUACAAUGAGGACAUACUUCUAGGAGCUUACACUAAGGAGAAGCUGGAGGGGAGGAGGGCUCAAUGUCUGAAGGAACACCUGGAGCAGGGGCUGUAUAUGAAGGGGCUGUCCCUGCACAGCGUGUGCAGCGUGGCCCAGUGUGAGCAGCUGAUGGACACGGGCUGCAGGAACAGAGCAGUAGCCUUCACCCUCAUGAACAAGGGCUCCGCACUCUCCCACUCCAUCUUCACUGGCAGCAUGGAAAUCUGCACUUUUGAUGAGCGAGGGCAGGACCACCUUAGGGCUGCCAAACUCAACCUGGUGGAUCUGGCAGGAAGUGAGAGGCAGUCAAGGACUGAUGCCACGGGGGAGCUGCUCAGAGGCACCAAGAUCAACAUUCCCCUGUUUGCCCCGGGCAAUGUUAUCUUGGCCCUGGUGGAUGGCAGGUGCAGACACAUUCCCUCGACCAGUCUGCUCCAGCACUCCCUGGGAGUGAACACCAGGACCCUGCUGGUGGCAUGUGUGUCUCUGGCUGAUGACAGCUAUGAGGAAAGCCUCAGCACCUUGCGCUACACAAAUCAAUACAGAAACAUCAGGAACAAGACCUGCAUCAACUAGGAUCCCAAGGAUGCCCUGCUGAGGCAGUACCAGAAGGAGAUUAAGAAGCUGAAGGCCAUUCUGGCUGAACAGAUGGGCACAACUGACUUCUCGGGGCUUCUACCUGCUGAGGCUGCUCACCUGGGAGUAAAUCCAGCUCCCUGCCUCAAACCCCAGCUGAAUCUGGAAGCAGAGAAGCAGCUGAUCAGAGAAGAGUAUCAGGAGAGGCUGGCCCAGCUCCAGGCCAGCUACCAAGCAGAGCAGGUGUCCCGUGCCUGCCUGGAGAAGGACAUCAGCAGGGAUAACUUUGAUCUCAAGGUGUCUGUUCUCCAGGAUCUCCUCAGGAAGGAAGCAGGUGUAAGGCAGCAGCUAUCCUGUGGCUCAUGGCUCAUGGAGGCCACUUUUGCCUCCAACUCAGGCAUCUCACAGUGUUUGCAGCUGCAGACGCUGGAGCAGCGGGUGGUCGGGGAGCAGGCUCAGAACAAGGACCUGAAGGAAAAGCACAAAUGCCAGAAGAAGUACGUGGAUGAGCAGAGGCUGCAGCUGGUGGCUGCACUGCAGGAAUCCAAUGAGGACAGCAGUGAGCAGGCUCUCCUCAAUGUCUAUGACUCCAUCCAGGAGGAGGUUCAAGCCAAGAGCAAGAUGCUGGAGAAGGUGCAGGAAAAGCUCCAGGCUGCCGAGACUGAGAUCAAAGACCUGCAGCUGGAGUUUGGGCUGGAAAAGAUGGAUUACCUGAGCACCAUCCGGCACCAAGAGCGAGCUGAGCUCUGCCAGCAGCUGCUGGGUCAGGUGCAGUCCCUCGUCUGGCACAACUGCAACUACAGUAACCUGGAAAGGAUGAGGCAUGAAUCCGUCUGGGACGAGGAGAGCUGGAAAAUUCCAGAGCCUGUCAUCCAAAAAACCCACCUUGCCGCAGCUGUUCCAGCCCCGCCACAGCCCCACCCUGGCCGGACGAGCCUCUCGAAUGAGAGCAAGGAGCCAGCGGUACGGCCAUUUCAGCAAUUUUGCCUUAUUGCUGGCGCUGCUGAUAGCGUUUGCCAUCUGCAGCCCGAGGAAGACCACUACAGGUUGGUGCUGGACAGGAGCGACAGCGAGACCAUCGCCAGCAACUACUUCCAAUCCCGGCGAGCCAGCCAGAUCCUUCAACUGGAGCAAGCUCCGGCAGGCUCCGAGGGGGCCGCGGGCACCCCCGGCCCGUCCGCCUGCAGUCCCUGGCCUCGGCUCCCCGCGCCGACACCAAGCGUAGGAAGGACAACGCCAACUCCAGCGCCGCUGCUUCCAACCCACUGCGGGCGCGGGCGGGCCACUGGCAACCGUGGCCGUCGCCGCGCAGGAGGGAGGGGCGGGCGGUGAGGCCCUCCCUUGUCUGCGGCCGCGGCGAGGCG